GUUGACCUUCCCCAAAAUGCAUAUGCCAAUCCCUAUGCACAUAUGUAGGAUGCAGUAUGCACUACUCUCUCCCAAACAUUUGACCCCCCAUCGCGUUGUUUCUCUGCAAUGAGGGAAGGCAUGGUUGUUCCGGCGAUCGCCAUCAUCAUCGCUGCGCUAUGCGUGGCAUCGGCGGUGCUUCUUGUCGACGGAGCCAAGGGGGAAGAGCUUACGACGCUGCUGUCGAAUGGCUUCACCGCGACGCACGCGGCGGGCGCGACGGCGCCGUUCGAGCCGGUGUUGCACGCGCCCAACGGCGUCUUCGCGUUCGGCUUCCUCCGCGUCGGCUCGGCGUCGCUCGACCUCGCAGUGGUCCACCUGUCCUCCUCCUUCCCGCUCUGGAGCGCCUCGCCGACCCGCCUCGGGGAUUGGUCGCGCCCGGCGACGCUCACCUUCGACAGCAGCCUGGUCCUCACCGACCCGGAGCACGGCGUGCUGUGGCAGACUCUCAACACCAUCGGCGACACCGUUGUGCUGCUCGACUCCUCCAACCUCGUCGUCCGGCGAUACGCGAAGCCCAUGCCGGCGUGGCAGAGCUUCGACAACCCCUCCGACACGCUCGUCCUCGACCAGAACUUCACCGUCUCGUCGCCGCCGCUCAUCUCCAAGAACCGCCGGUUCGCACUCCGCCUCGGCAAGUCGUACAUGGCGCUGCACAUGGAGUCCUACGGCGGCCGGGCGAUGCCGAUGUAUUGGAAGCACACGGCGCUCCAGUCUCAGCCGGAGAACGCGACGCAGCCGCCGGUGUAUGGCUGCCUCGACGGCCGCGGUUUCUUCGGGCUGUACCUCGAGGGCGGCGGCCAGAAGGUCGACGUGCUCUCGUUCGACACGUUCGCGCAGAGCAUCACUGGCGUCUUCCGGCGCAUGACGCUAGAAGACGACGGUAACCUCCGGGCAUACUACUGGACAAGCGAAUCCAAGGCUUGGACCUCCGACUACAAGGCCAUCUCCGAGCGGUGCGGGCUGCCAACCUCGUGCGGCGCGUACGGCCUGUGCGUACCGGGCGAGGCCCAGUGCCAGUGCCUCAACGACAGCCCGAGCACCUCCCCGCCGUGCCACGCCGAGGAGACCACCGACCUCUGUGCCGGCAAUGGUGACGGACAGUUGUUCGACGUGGUGCGGCGGAAGCGGGUGUCCGUGGCGUACAAGGAGGAGCUGCCGUUCCAGACGAACAAGACGGCGGCGGAGUGCGAGCAGGCUUGCGCCGCCAACUGCAGCUGCUGGGGCGCGUUGCACAACGCCGCGAGCGGGUACUGCUACCCCAUCGACUUCCCCGUGGAGACGCUGCUGUACGAGGCCGACGACCGGAAGGUGGGCUACUUCAAGGUCAGGAAGCUGCCGAGUCCAAAACGACCGGGCAUGUCGCCAGGCGAGACCGCCGCGACGGCGGUGCUGUCGCUGAUCCUGGCGGGCCUGGCCGCGGCCGGAGCGUACAUCGGGUACAGAGUGUGGGAGAGGAAGAGUCGGCGACGUGCGGGGAUGGAGCAGGAGCUGGUGCCGGGGCCGUACAAGGACCUCAAGUACAUGGCCAGCUCUAACAACUCGUUCAAGGCAUGAAUCGAUGGGACGGUCGUUGUGACAGUCCGAUCAGUACUCCGGUGCUUACUGAACUGCAGAGGACGGAGGAGAGAAUGCGAUGCAAGUAGUUCUGCUGCUCCUUGCAGAAUUGCAGAGCUUGCCGUAGAGAAUGGCUGCAGACACAGGGAGUGGUCAGGGUUGCUAAGCUGCGCGCACGCUAUAGUUUUCACCGGCCUUGAUCUAAUGAUCUGUUCCCUGUUCGUCCCGUAACAUUUUUGCGUACGUUUUGUGAUUGAUGUAUAUACUUUAUUCACCUUUUCUGUA